CUUAUGAUCCUUAUGUACCAAAAGAUGGCACCGCUGGCGGACCGCCAAGUAAAACAGCACAGAUUCAAAAGCAAAUUGAUGAAACAGUUGGCAUUAUGCGAGACAAUAUCAAUCGUGUAGCCGAAAGAGGAGAGAGACUAGACGCUUUACAAGAUAAGACGGAUAAACUUUUUACGCUUGUAGAGGUAGAAUGUGCAGGAGCUUGUGUUAAUGCUCCAGUUUUGGCAGUUAAUGAUGAUUAUUAUGAGGAUUUAACACCAGAAACUACAAUUAAACUUCUUGAUGCUUUUAGAUCUGGUAAACCUCCCAAGCCUGGUCCAACAACCGGUCGUCAUACGUGCGAGCCAAAAAGUGGAUACACCACCUUGACAAGUGAACCUACGGGUCCAGGUUUUGGAGUUAAAGACGAUUUAUGA